AUGCCCAUCCCAGACCUCCCAAACGAGACCCUCUGCGCCAUCUUCGACCUCCUCCCGCCCCCCGCCCUCGCCUCCGUCGUCCGCGCCUCCCACCGCUUCCACCUCGUCGCAGAGCGCGUCCUCUACACAUCGAUCGCCAUCGCCGACGCCCUCCCUCCACCCCCCGCGGUCCCCGUCCCAUACAGGACCGCCAUCUGCGCCGCGACCAUCCUCGCCCGCCCCCACCUCGGCCCCGUCGUCCGCCGCCUCGCCGUCCGCUGGCUGCCCGACCCCGCCCUCCGCGACCGCGACGACGCCCUCGACGCCCUCCGCACCGCCGUCGCCCCCGCCCUCGUUGCCCUCAACCACGCCCUCCGCACCCUCCUCGCCCUCGAGCACCUCGACCUCGCCUUCGGCCUCGCAGGCGCGCUCUCCCUCGCCGCCGCCGCCCGCGCCCCGCUCGACGCCCGCGCGGUCCUCGACGGCUGCGCCUUCCCCGCCCUCCGCGCCUUCGCCCUCUCCGGCGUCGGCCGCGGCUCCCUCUCGCACAAGCUCUACGCCCCCGACCCGGACGACGCCGCGGCGGGCGCGGCGAGCAUCGCCGCCUUCCUCGCGCGCGCCCCCGCGCUCGAAGAGCUGCACCUGCACGACUGCUACGAGGCCCUCGCGCUCCCGCCCGCCGCCGCGCCGCGCCUGCAGGCCUUCCGCGGGCCCGCGCUCGCCGCCGCGGGCGUGCUCCCCGGGCGGCCCGUGCGCGUGCUCGCGCUCGUCGGGCACGAGUUCGUCACCGCGCGCGACCUCGCCGGGCUCGCGCGCGCGAGCGUGCCCGUCCGCUGGCUCGACCUCGGCGCGAUGGGCGUCACCCCGCUCCUCCUCCGCGACGUCUCCCGGCACCUGUCCGCCGUCGAGGUCCUCAAGGUCCGCCUCGCCCUCCGCCACACGCUCCACCACGCGCUCUCGGGCAUCAGCCUCCUCGCGGGCCUGACGCACGUCCUCGGCGCGUUCCCCGCGCUCGCGCAGCUCGACCUCUCCCCGACGGCCGUCGACGGCGUCGGGCGCGGGAACGCGCUCGAGGAGUCCGCGCUCUGCACGACCUGGGCGCGCGCGUGCCCCGCGCUCCGCGCCGUCGUCUUCCCGAGCCGCACCGAGUGGCGGCGGGCGGCGCCGGACGACGUCUGGGUCGCCGCCGCCGGGGGCGCGCCCGCGGUGUGGACGAGGUACUGA